UAACAUCUUUUUCCCCAACAGAUACAAUAGCAGAAAGGAGCGCCCUAAGAGAACAUGUGUAUCCUAAGCUGAGAGAAUUCUGCAGGGAAAACUACGGGCUGGAAUUUCAGGUCAUAGACUUAUACUGGGGAGUGGAAGCAGACGAGUGGGACAGUCCUGAGCUGCAACAGACUCGUAUGAAGCUGUUAGAAGAUUGCUUGAAAAGUUCUGCAGGUCCAUGUUUUGUUGGCCUGUUGGGAGAGAAGUAUGGGAACAUCCGAAUACCGGGGGAAGUUGAGUCAGCAGAAUUUGAAAUGAUCCUGGAUGCUGCUGUAGAGGCCAAGCUAGAGACAAGGAUUUUAGAAGAGUGGUACUGCAGGGAUGAGAAUGCAGUGCCACCAGCGUAUUACCUCAGACCAAAAUCUGAAAUGCUGAAGAACUGCCAGAAUACAAUGGAAUCUUCUUCAAACUCUAUGAAUGAGAACAAAUGGCAAGAUAUAUCAGAAGAAAUUAAGAAGAUUUUUAAGACUGCUGUGAAAUUGCUGUAUGAGAAAGGAAAAAUGAAACACAGCCAAGCAAAGAGAUACCUUUCCUCUGCUAUUGAAGAUGAACUCGAUUUUGCUUUGGGUAAACAAACACCAGCUUUCCUGAAGAAGUGUGUUUGCUACAUUCGGAAAAUUGCCAAUAUUGAGCGUUUCGUUAAAAUUCCAGAGAUGGGAAAAUACAUGGAUGUGGUACAUACAGCCGGAAAGUUUCUACGAGAUCCUGAAGCCCAUGAGAAACUCAUCAAGCUCAGGGAUGAAUUCAUUCCUACCAUUGUUGCAUCGUCCAAUCUGAGAGUGUACACGUCCGUCACUCACUGUGACAUGAAACUGGGCUACUCCCAAGAAGUGGAGAACCAUUACAUCGAAGGACUUGGUAAACAGUUCUAUGAAGACAUGAUUGACAUAAUCCAAGCAACAGUGCAGCAGAAUUUUGACACCGAGACAGACCUGCUGUACGAUGAAGUUCUUCAACACUCAUCGCUAUGUAAAACAUACUCCACUUUUUAUGAAUACAGAUGUGAGGCAUUAAACAUAGUUCACAAGUACAUUCUACCUAGCAAAAUAGGACACAUUAACCCUCUUAUCAUAUACGGAGGACCAUGCACAGGGAAGACUCUUUUAUUAGCCGAAGUGGCAAAGAAGGCCUAUUCCUGGUUGCAAGAAGAGAUGGGACCAGAUUCUGACCCUGUGGUAGUUCUAAGAUUUUUGGGAUCCACCGAAACAAGUACAGAUCUGAAGAAUAUACUUCAAAGCAUUUGUGAGCAAUUAGCAGUCAACUAUCGUUGUCACAUACAAAGUUACCCAAAAAAGAUUCAUGACCUUCGGGACUUGUUCAUCAAUCUGUUGAAUGAGUCUUCAUUCCACAGGCCGCUGGUGAUAAUAUUCGAUGCCCUAGAACAGCUAACAGAUAGUGAUGACGGUAGGAAGCUCUGGUGGCUUCCCAUUCACCUUCCCCGUUCAGUACGGAUAAUUUUGUCAACACUGCCAAACAAGCAUGGGAUCCUGCAAAAACUGAGGUGCCUUAUUCAUGAAGACAACAACUACAUUGAAUUAACUGCAAGGGACAGAAAGAUGUGCAGCCAAGUACUGAAACAUCAGCUGCUGAGAGUUAAGAGAAAAGUAACAUCAGGGCAACAAAUCUACGUCAAUGAAGCAUUCUCCAAAUGCACGCUGCCUAUGUUUGUGAACUUAACCUUCAGAGAGGUCAGGAACUGGAGAUCUCACAAAGAUGUGGAUGAGUCCUCCCUCUGCGUCACAGUUCAUGAAAGCAUAGAGCAGUUGUUUUGGUCGCUGGAAAACAAGUGUGGAUCAAGACUAUUGUCAAGAGCACUUGGCUACAUCACUAUGUCUAAAUCUGGCCUCAGUGAAAUGGAACUGGAAGAUAUUUUAGCCCUUGACAACAGCGUUAUGUACGAACUGAGUGAGAGUGUCAGAGAAAGUAACCCACUGAGAAUUCCAUAUAUAUACAUUGCAAGGCUUAAGGAGGGCUUGCAGGGAUACUUAAUAGAGCGACAGGUGAAAAAUGUAACGCUGCUUCUUUGGGCAAAUAGGCACUUGCAACUAAUUGCCCAGAAAUUGUACCUGCACAAUGAAGAAGAUUUGCAUGAAAUGCACAGAGUCAUGGCAGAGUAUUUCCUUGGUGUCUGGUCAGGUGGCCGAAGAAAACCUUUUUACAGCAAUGACCAAUAUUUGAAUGGUUGUCCUGACCAUGACAGUAGAGGCCUGAGUGAGGAGGAAAAGCACAGCACGGAUCAGGCUGCUUUUGACAGGCAGGCACCUGAUCAGCCAUGGGUCUUUCAGUGUAAUCCAUUAGAGCCUGAUAUCUUUUUUAUCAAUCACAGAAAAAUGACAGAGCUUAUUCAUCACUUGACAAGAUGUGGAAAAACAGAUGAUCUACUGUACGGAGUCAUUAUGAACUUCAGCUGGCUGUACACCAUGAUUAGAAUAGGGCAGUUUGAUAAAGUACUUUCUGACAUAGAACUGGCUUACACCUACUCGCAAGAAAAGGAACUGAAAUUUCUGGCCAGUACCCUCCGCAGUAUAAAGUUCAAAGUAGCAAAAUAUCCAGGUUCACUCUCUGCUGAAUUGCAGCAGAGGCUUCUCCCAGUUGUAAGUUCACUGCCCAAACUCAGACAUCUCCUGUUAGAGUGUGACAAGGACGGACCCAAAUACUGCUCUAUUGUCCCUUUGCAUUCCUCCAUGGAUGUGACUUACAGCCCCGAGCGCCUGCCACUAUCAUCCAGCUGCAUGCACGUCACUGAGAUUCUGCCUACUUUUAAUCCCAGCACAAUUAUCGCUGCUUUAGAAAACGGCUCCAUCAGCACUUGGGAUGUAGAGACCCGCCAGUUACUACGGCAGAUUACAACAGCUCCAUCUGUUAUCUUAGGGAUGAAGCUGACCAGUGAUGAAAAGUAUCUUGUAGUGGCUACAACAAAAAAUACUCUUUUGAUUUAUGAUAACAUAAAUUCCUGUCUUCUGUCUGAGGUAGAAAUUAAAGGGUCAAAACAUUGUGGAAUUGGGGGAGGCUCCAGUUUCAUCAAUGGAUUUACGCUAUCAGUCAACCAUGCACUUGCUUGGCUGGAGGCCAGCAAAGACGUUACUGUGAUAGAUCUGCUUUACGGUUGGCCUCUCUAUCACUUCCACUGCUGGUACGAAGUGACGUGCGUGCAGUGUUCUCCAGACGGAGUUUAUGCAUUCUGUGGGCAGUAUUUGAACACCGCAACCAUUUUUCACUUGGGCAGCGGAGAGAAGCUGGCCACAGUGACCUCUGAAUUUUCUGGUGGAUUUGUGAAAUUCCUUCUCAUUCUGGACACAGCCCAGGAAAUGGUGAUGGUGGACAGCGAGGGUAGCCUCUCUGUUUGGAGUACAGAGGAAAUCGCGAAUCCCCAGCUUACGGAUGACUUCGAUUGUAGGAGAGAAGACAGUGAAGUUGUCAGCAUAGAGCUUUCUGAAGACCAAAGUGCAAUUUUAAUUUGUAAGGCUCUCAGCAUUGAACUUCUUGACACUCAUGUGUGGAAGGUGGCUGAAAAGUUUAGAGCUAAACACAAUGAGCGCUUUAUAUCUGCUGUGUUGUCCAAAAAUGGCAACUGUAUAAUUGCUUCAAUGGAAAAUACCUCAGCCAUUUUUGUUUGGAGAAGAGAUACGGGACAGUGCAUGGCAAGCUUACAGGAAAUCUCAGGAACUAUAGUCAGGCUAAUUAAAUCAAAUCAUCAUAACAUGCUGCUAUCCUUAUCCACCAGUGGUGUCCUUUCUAUUUGGGAUAUAGACAUCAUAACUGCUAUGUCCAAUAUUGACAAAUCUGGCAAGCCUAUCCAGAGACUGGUGUUGCCAGCCAGAGGUGAAUUAAUAUACACAUUGGAUGGAUCAGAUUCUGUCCAUAAGUGGAACUUCAGCACUGGAUUUAUUGAAGCUGUGUUCAAGCACGAAGGCAUAGUUGAAAACUGUGUGCUGACCUCUUCUGGAGAGAUAAUGGUUACAUCAGAUGAUAAAUGCAGCCAGUACGUAUGGCACACGGUUAGUGGCGAAAAUAUCUUUCGCAUUAAUGGGCAAAAAAUCUCAGAGCUAAUGAUUACUCAUAAUGAUCAAUUUGUAGUCUCUCUCUGCGAGCAAAAUGCAUCCAGAGUUUGGCGACUGGCUACAGGACAUAGGGUUUGCAAUAUUUUAGUUGCCUUACAGAAUGCAUUUAUAACAACUGCAAAUACUUUCGUAGUCGGAAUGGCGAAGAAUAAAGUGUUGGCAGUGAGUCUCUGGACAGGCAGUAUAACUAAGAAGUUUUGCUGUGAUGAUGGUGCAAGCAUUGUGGAUAUUAAACUGAUACCAGACUGCCCAGAUAUUAUAGUAUUUGUAACAUCUACUGAAACUGUGAACAUCUGGAGCCUAACAGAGGAAGUCAUCUGCAGACGUGUACAAUUGCCUACCAAUUUCUUAAAAAAUUUGGAAGACUUUGAAAUAUCCCCAAAUGGGAAGCUGGGAAUUAUAACCCGUGGUGAUGAGAACAUCAAUGUGCUUGAUUUAUACAGUGGAAAACUUCGUGUGGUUCACGCUCCAGGCGUCAUCUGGCGGCAGAGGCUGUCUCGGGAUGGCCGCUACCUUGUGUACAUCUGUUUUCGUGGUGAAGAAGAUGAUGACAAUGGUGCAGUCUCUACUUUAAUAGUAAUGAGGCUAGCAGAUGGUAAAAACAUCGGUGCCUGUUCUCUUUAUAAAACUCCCACUUUUCUUGCACUGUCACAGAGACAUUUAAAUAUUAUUAUUGGAUUUGAUGACGGAAGUAUAGGUACGUACACUGUAGUGGAUCGAGUCGACGCUGCACUGAAAAUCAAAAUUGCUACUUCAAACAGCCGUCAGAUUUUCAACAACACAACACAAGUGAUUAGGCCAAAAUGUCACAAUUAUAGCUUCAAAGUGACUGCAGACUGUAUUUGGAGGGAAUCAACGGAAGUAUUUGCAAGGGAUAGCCCCAUUACAGUUACAGAGCCUGAGGUGAGUGAAGCAACACCAACCAAAAAACACAACUACUGCUAUGAGAAAGUGUGCUCAGCCAUAGAUUGCAGAGGACACGGUUUUGCUGCUGACAACUGAGUAACCGUCUGGACUGUCUUAUCUGAAUAAUAGUAUACAUGCGUAGAUUUGUCUUCUGAAUUCACAUAAAAAUCAGUGCAUUUCUUGGAAGACAAACAAACAGCAGAGGGCAGACCGGCUGUUUCCUCCUCAACAGAUAUUCUUACAUUUAGGUAAACAACACAAAAAAAAAAUCAAACAUAAAGCAAAUGGGCUGCAGGGUUUUUUUUAAAUUUCGGAAUACAAGGUUCAGUCCAGGAUUUCACCAGGGCCUUGAUUAAAAAUUUCUAGCAAUACUAUCAAAAUUGUUACGCU